AAUGAUCCGAAGAAUGAUCCGAAGAAUGAUCCGAAGAAUGAUCCGAAGAAUGAUCCGAAGAAUGAUCCGAAGAAAGAUCCAACACCAACAAAUGAUCCAAAAUCAACAAAUGAACCAAAAAGUAAUCCAAAAUCAACAAAUGAACCAAAAAGUGAUCCAAAAUCAACAAAUGAACCAAAAUCACCAGCUGAACAAAACAAUGAUCCAAAAUCAACAACUGAACCAAAAUCACCAGCUGAACCAAAAAAUAAUCCAAAAUCAACAACUGAACCAAAAUCACCAGCUGAACAAAACAAUGAUCCAAAACCAACAACUGAACCAAAAUCACCAGCUGAACAAAACAAUGAUCCAAAAUCACCAGCUGAACAAAAUGGACCAUCAAACACUGCAGCAGCAUCAUUUGAUUCUAACGCCGAUCCGACGGCCGCAGCUUCUACCUCCUCUGGCACUCCCACAAUGGUUAAAUUUUUGUGGGUACAAUCAUGUUUAAUCGCCCCAUUAACAAUUUGGUACCUAUUCUCUGCGAAUUUUUAG